UAUGCACAAGUACAUACUUUAAAAAUAUAAACCUCACUAUACCUAGACCUAAUAUAAUAUAUAAUAUAGAGCUGUAAAUAUAAUAGGAACCAUAAAAUUCCCCCACUGUCGUCAUUGCCAGUGUGUGUGAUCUAGCUUUCCAAGUGAACAACAAACUGAGAACACAACCCAAUAUUAAAUAAAAAUCUAAAAACAGCCGGAAAAUAUUAUUCUGAAUGAUAAUACUUAUAUCUGAUGAACCCAUGGUUUUAUAAUUAUUUUUGGAUUGUCAAAUAAAUUUUAUGUAGUAAAAUAAAUAAUGUGAAUGACUUGUUGGUGUGUGAGCGAGCGCAGUCGUAGAUCUUAUCACGGAUAAAUUUGAUAGUACAACUACUACACACGAUACCGUCAUUUAGUCUGGAUAGUUUCGGCUUUUUUUUUAUUUUUUUUAAAACUCAAUACACGCCCGCAAAAAAUUUAAGUACUGAAAGAAAAAAAAAGAGAUAUAGAGAAUUAAAAACACUGGUGGAAAAUUGUCAUUAAGAGCACGGUACUGUAUGAAGAGGAAGAUAAACUGCUGGACUUGAUAGUCAUUUGUAUUUGUUAGAUUGCUUUUGCUAUGAGACACGAUACUUGGACACAACUUCGCUAUGUUAAGAAAUAAAAAACGCACUGUAUAGCCUUGCAUUUUAUUUUUUAUUUGACAGUCUUAACUGAUAGCAAUAUAUGCAUUUAAAGUCAUAAGAUAAGUGUACUCUAGGACGCAAUGGCAGCUCACAAGACAGGUGGGCAAAAUGCCCGAAAAAAAGUCCAGGUAUCGAUGGUUAUUCGUGAUGAGGUAGAAAAAAGACACAGAGCGGGUGUUAAUUCUCUUCAAUAUGACCCUGCGCUACACAGGCUUUAUUCUGCUGGUAGAGAUAGUAUUAUUAGGAUAUGGAACUGUAAAAAUAUGAAUGAACCUUUUAUUCAGUCGAUGGAACAUCAUACAGAUUGGGUUAACGACAUUGUAUUAUGCUGUGGAGGAAAAAAUUUAAUUUCGGCAAGCUCAGAUACUACAGUGAAGGUUUGGAAUGCUCAUAAAGGUUUUUGUAUGUCAACAUUGAGGACUCACAAGGAUUAUGUUAAGGCACUAGCGUAUGCCAAAGACAGAGAACAAGUGGCGAGUGCUGGUUUAGAUAGACAAAUUUUCCUCUGGGAUGUCAAUACACUGACAGCUUUAACUGCUAGUAAUAACACAGUAACGACAUCAUCUUUGGCUGGUAAUAAGGAUUCAAUAUACAGUUUGGCAAUGAAUCCUCCUGGUACUGUUAUUGUCAGUGGUAGCACUGAAAAAGUAUUACGAGUAUGGGAUCCAAGAACUUGUAAUAAAUUAAUGAAAUUGCGUGGUCAUGCUGAUAACAUUAAAGCAUUAGUAUUAAAUCGUGAUGGUACUCAGUGUUUAUCAGCAAGUUCUGACGGUACUAUUAAAUUGUGGUCACUUGCUCAACAAUUGUGUAUACAAACAUUUAGAGUUCACACUGAGGGUGUUUGGGCGCUUUUAGCAACAGACACAUUUAGUCAUGUAAUAUCAGGUGGUCGUGAUAAGAGAGUUAUUAUGACAGAGUUGAGAAAUCCUGAACGAUAUACUGUGAUUUGUGAGGAGAGUGCACCUGUAUUAAAAAUGGCAAUGACACCAGAUCAAUCGAGUAUUUGGGUAGCGACUAGUGAAUCGACAAUAAAUAAUUGGUGUAUUAAUCAAAGAGAUUGGCAAUGUGGUGAUUACUGUGUUGAAACAGCGGGUAGUGGUAAUAGUGGAAUGGUACCGAAAAAUACAGAACCUGCUCAAAGAAUACUCGGUGGUCCGGCGAUUAGGCAUCACGUUAUUUUAAAUGAUAGACGUUACGUUCUUACUAAAGAUACUGAAGAAAAUGUCGCACUUUAUGACGUACUUAAAGCCUGUAAAGUUGAAGAUCUUGGACGCGUUGAUUUUGAUCAAGAAGUAAAAAAAAGAAAUAAAAUGGUUUAUAUCCCAAGUUGGUUUAAUGUUGAUCUUAAAACUGGUAUGUUGACUAUUCAUCUUGGACAGGAUGAAAAUGAUUGUUUCUCGGCAUGGGUUUCGGCUAGAGAUACUGGUAUUACGGAUAAUGAUAACGUUGAUCAAAAAGUUAAUUACGGUAAUUUAUUACUACAAGCGUUGCUUGAACAUUGGUGGAAACCUAUGCACGCUGAUGAUGACAAUGAAGGUAACAGUAAUGAUGGGAGUGGUCAAGCACAUGUGAGAGAUGGAAAUCUUUAUUUCCCAGUUCCUGGCCACACGCCGGUUAUAUUUAGUGAAGUUGGUGGAAAAACGUUGUACAGGUUAUUGGUACGAGACGCAGCCGGUGAAACAGAACGAGCUCUUUUAAAUGAAACAGUACCCUCGUGGGUUGUUGAUAUUGUUGUAGAUAAAAAUCUACCAAAGUUUAUAAAAAUUCCAUUCCAUUUAUCUCCACACCCAUCAUCGGGUUUCAAAAAUUUUAAAAAAGAUCGAUUGAUUGCUAAUGACUUUAUUCAAGUUCGCAAAGUUAUUGAGCAUGUUUAUGACAAGGUGCUGGGUGCUGGAAGUGACUCGGGAUCAGUUGCAGGUGGUGGGAAUACAGUAUCAAGUGGAUCACCAGCGGGUGAUCGUGCUAAUACUGAUUCCAAUGCUGAUAAUUCAUCUUUAGCUGAAGAAAAAGUUGAACUUCUUUGUAAUGAUCAAGUAUUAGAUCCUUCAAUGGACUUGAGAACAGUAAAACAUUUCAUUUGGAAAAAUUCAGCAGAUCUGACGCUUUACUAUCGACCCGUUAAAUAGUUAGGAUUUCGAUUAACGAGCAAUGGACCUCUCAAAUGUGCCUGGUUUUGUGCCGCGGCAAAGUAAAUAAAGUCGUCCUCACACAGAACUAUGUUAAUAAAAAAUUAAACACACAAAUUCAAUUUAAUCGCGCCUCAAUGCUACGUUGCCAAAAAAAUAAAAAUGAUAACACCAUGAAGAAUGAUUGUAAAAUUAUGAAAUGAAUUAUUAUAUAUAAAUGAUAAAUUAAAAAGUUACAAGAGUCGGUGAAACGGGUCGAAUUUACAGAAUAUUGAUUUAUUUUUCAUGAAUAUUUCGGUGAGGCUGAUAUGAGAUAAAAAUAAAAAUGAAAACAAUGCAUUUAGUGUAUAUGUAUGAACAUUAUAAACGACAUUAGGUGAUACUUGAUAUAUAAUAAAUAUUAAUUAUAAGUAUUUCCAUCGCCAAAUUUCACUAUACAUCUCUAUAUAUAUAUUUAUAAAAUAAGAAGUUUCGCCGACUCAUUUCAUACCUAAAAAAAAAAGAUUCGUUUUUCGAUAACAAUAGUUAUUUUCGUUAUUUUAACUAAUUAAUUAUUUGUCUUCCUUUGUGAAGAGGGUGUCAAUAAAUAUAUCACAUAAGCACACAAUUAAUUGAGGUAAUCAAGAGUUUUAAUUUGUAGAUACAUCAAUCGAUUAACUAUAUAUAUUUAUUAUAUUUAAAUAAUAAUUCUUGAUUAUAAAACCUCGAUAGAAAAAUAUUUUUUUUAUUGCCUAAUCUCAUGUACUUGGUGACAUUUUAUUGAUUCCUCUCAUAAAUUUCACUCUGUAUUAUUUGCUUAUUUCAAAUUUCAAAAAUUUUUUUUUGUAGAUAAAAAAUACGUGAGAAUACAUAAAUUAACAUACUUAAGCUUAAUUUAUUAUUACUAUUAUUAUUAUUAACUUACACUUGGCCUAAAUAAUUAUUUUAAUGGUAACGAAUUUGUAAUGAGAUAUAUAAUUUUUUAGAAUAGUAAAUAUCGAUUGGUCAUCUAUUUAAUAUUUUUACGUGAUAUUUAAAUAUUCAUUACAUUGACCUUAUAUUUAUAUCACAUUUAUUCAUUAAACAUCCA